AUGGGCUCGCGGAUAAAGGAAAAUCCCCAGAAGACAUUUGAUUUGUUCUUCGAGGCAGCCUGCCCCACAUCUGCAGAUGACGACCCCCAGGUGCUGAGGCAGUUCCCGGAGGAGUUCGAUGACCAGGAAUCCAUCCAGAUGCUGCCCAAAUUCUGCUUCCCCUUCGACAUAGAGAGGGUAAAGGAGAGCUCUGUGGUGCAGAACUUCACCUUCGCCCUGACCGACCUGGAGGGUAACCAGCGCUUCGGGUUCUGCCGCCUGGCCGGGGGCUUCCGGACCUGCCUCUGCAUCCUCAGUUACCUGCCGUGGUUUGAAGUUUUCUACAAGAUCCUCAACAACAUUGCCGACCAUUUAGCCAAGGAGCAGCUGAAUGAACUGACCGAGCUCCUCUCCGCCCUCUAUUGCCACCCGGUGCCCCAGCUGAACAGCCCCGUGAACCUAGAAUUUCCCUCCUACUUCAUUGCCCCGGACCUCGGCAGCCUGCCUACCAUCCCGGAGAGCAGGAACCUGACGGAGUUCGUGGUGGCCGUGGAUGUGCCCAACAUGCUGCAGCUGUACGGGAGCAUGCUGUAUGAACGGCGCAUCCUGCUCACCUCCAGCAAGCUCAGCACGGUGAGGGCCUCCCUCCCUUCCCGCAGCGCCCCUAUGCCCUACCUCAUCGGUGUCCACUCCAGCCUCAUGGAGAGGGUGCGGGACAAGGCCCUGGAGGACGUCGUGAUUAUCAACAUCGACACCAACACGCUGGAGUCGCCCUUCCAGGACCUGGAGAAUCUCCCGAGUGACGUGGUGUCUCUGCUGAAGCUCCAGCUGAAGAAGCAGUCGGCCACCACUGGCGACGGGGUGGCCCGAGCCUUCCUCCGAGCCCAGGCACUGCUCUUCGGCGGCUACCGCGACGCGCUGCUUUGCACCCCGGGCCAGCCCAUCUCGUUCUGCCAAGAGUCCUUCCUCAACCACAAGUCCAGCACCAUGCGGGAGUUCCUGCACAACGCCGUGCACCUGCAGCUCUUCAAACAGUUCAUCGACGAGCGCCUGGAGAAGCUGAACGCCGGCGUGGGCUUUUCGGAUGUGUUUGAGCAGGAAAUCACCAACAGCGGGUUGGCGGCGGGUAACCUGAGGUCGUACCAGCUGUGGGUGGAGAGCCUCAAGAAAGGCGGAGGGGCCCUGAUCCACACUAUGAAGAGCAAGACAAACCCAGCCGUCAGGAACAUGUACAAAUACGCCAAGAGCCAUGCCCGAGACAGGCUGAAGGAGAUGCGAAGUCGCUUGAGGUACAGGGACUUGGGCCAGGCUUCAGCCCUGCAGCGAGGCGGCUCCCUGAAGUGCGACCAGCUCUCAGGCCCCAUCCUGCCCCGGAGCACCCAGUCCGAGUGCCUGCAAAGCCGGCUGCCCAUCACCCAGCACUUCGGGAAGUCCCGACCCCUGCGACCCAAUAAACGCUGCAGCGGGAUGGAGCUGGAGGCCCAGAGGGAUGCCCCGGCAGAAGGCCACAAGGCUCCCCCAGGCCCCGAUGCCAUCCCUGAUGGGGGGGAGAUGGACAAGAGCUUCCUGGAGACGGGCGAGAUCGACCUGCUGGGCGAGAUCUUCGAGACGCUGAGCCUGGCGGCGCCCAGUGGACGGGGGCUGCUCUACGGGACCCGCAGCCUGGACUUCUGCAACCUGGAGGAGGGCAGCUGCUACACCAGGCUGAGGCACACGAACCCCAGUGAGGAGAACCUGAGCGGGCGCCAGGCCCGGGACCACGAGUGCUGGCUGCUGGCCGAGGAGGACGACUCGUCCCUGGAGUUCGCCCCCCCCUCUUCGGAGGAGGCCUCCCUGGCCGAGGAGGAGGCUGGGGACUCCCAGCAUGCUUUGCUGCUGCCCGCCAAGGCCACGCGCCCGGCGAGCGGGAUGUGGGACCGUGGGAUCAAUGAGGAUGAGGAGGGCCCUCCCCAGCCAGCUGAGAGGGUAGCAACGCUCAGGGUGCCCUGGCACAAGCCCUUCCAGCUCGGGGAGGAGGAGCUGGGGGGCGGAGGGGCUGGGGCAGAGCUGACACCAACCACUGGCUCUCUGGGGCCCCCUGAAGAAGUGGGGACAGGAGGCCACCCUGAAGCAGCCACUACAAAGCCAGAGUCUGGGCAGGGGGUGUGCAGAGCAGAGCCCCUCCCCAAACAGGAUAGCCCUGCCCCUGAGGCCAAGGCCUGUAGGCAAACUGACAUCAGGGGCGGGGUCCCCCCGCUGGGGCCGGGGGCCAACCUGCCCAGCUCAUCCUGGCCGGAGCUGGACCAAGCCUCCCAGCCCCCGGCCCUGCCCAAGGUAUCGGAGCUGAAGAAGAGGUUUGAGUCCUAG